AUGACUACAACAGAGUCUUUUUCUUCCGCUCCUCUUUCUAUAUCUCAGGUUGUGACUCUCAAGCUUAUUGAAUCCAACUACCUACUAUGGAAGAAUCAGUUCGAGUCCUUUCUUUCUCCACAAUUGUUGUUGGGCUACGUCAAUGGCUCAAUCUCUCGUUUGGAAACUACUCGUUCUGUUACUGGUGUUGUUGGGGUCACCAUAGAGCCUAAUCCGGACUUUACCAAGUGGGUUCGAAAUGACCAGCUUGUCGUGGCAUGGAUCUUCAGCUCUCUGUCUGAACCUGCCUUGCGUGUAGUCUAUGGUAUGCAAUCUUCUCAAGAGGUAUCGACUGCUCUCGCUAAUAAGUUUAAUAGAGUGUCUACUACUAGGAAGUUUGAACUUCAGAAUCGCCUACGUGUUUGUAUUAAGCUAGGAAGAACUAUGGAAGAGUAUCUUAGCGAACUUAAGCAAAUCUUCGAUCAGCUUGACUCUAUUGGUUUUCCUAUGACCGAUUUAGAGAAGAUUCAUGCUUCAUCGGUUACACCUCAAAGUAGCUACUUUGACAGAGGAGGUUCUGGUAACCGCGGUGGCAGAUCUGGUGGUGGCUACAAAGGUCGUGGCAAUUACUCCACUCGGGGUCGUGGUUUUCAACAACAUGGUCGCGAUACACCUGGACAAGAUGGUCAGCACAAGAUGACAGGAUCCUCUAAACCAACCUGUCAAAUUUCUGGCAAGUAUGGUCACAGUGCACAUGAUUGCUACAACCGCUUCAAUGAAGACUAUGUCCAACAACAGGCUACAGUUUUAGCUGCUAUGCGUAUCUUUGAGGGUAAUGGUCUCACUAACGGCACUGAAUGGCUCCCUGACAGUGGCUCUACGGCUCACAUCACAAACUCCACCGCCAACCUGCAACAGAUAUCUUAA